UCCAACCGGAGGCCUCCGCAAGCAACAUUGCAAGGCCCUGUGCUAAAAAAAAAAGCGGCUGCUAAAACCCCUGGCUGCGAGAAACAACAGCACGCGCUCCCCACGGUCGCCUCCCCCUGCUCAACACAAUAGUCAUCAACAGUUGCAAUCCACUAGCCCACAUGUUCGCCUCCAUCUGCCGGCGGCGGCUCGCCAUUCCUCUCCUCCCAAUCCUCGCCGCCGGCACGAACCCCAUCCGGUACAGCCCCGGUGCCGUCAUCCUCCCCCACGGCUACUCCUCGACCGCCGUCGCGGCGGCUGCGCCGGACCCCGAGCCCUGCCCCGACACCGUCUCCUACCUGGUCUCCUGCGGCCUCUCCCCGGCCGCCGCCGCCGCCCGCAAAGUCCGCAUCCGGGACACGGACAGGGCCGACGCCGUCCGGGGUCUCCUCCGCGAGUACGGCUUCACCGAGGCGGAGGUCACCCGCACGGUCCGCCAGGACCCGCUGCUCCUCAACUUCGAUCCCGACCGCAUCAUCCGCCCCAAGCUCGAAUUCUUCUUCUCGCUCGGGUUCCAGCCCCGCAUGCUCGCCGCGGAGCCCCACAUCCUGGCGCGCAGCCUCGACAACCACCUCGUCCCCUGCAUCGAGUUCCUCCGCGGCAUCCUCGGCUCCGACGACAACCUCCGGGUCGCCGUCUCCCGCGUGCCCCGCGCGCUCAUGGCCGACCUCGACAACCACAUGCGCCCCGCCGUGGAGGCCUUCCGCCGCCACGGCCUCUCCGUGGAGGCCAUCGCCAAGCUCCUCCUCAUCCACAUGGGCGUCCUCAGGAUCGCACCCGACCGCAUCAGGGAGAUCUUCGAGGACCUCAAGGCGCUCGGCCUGCGCGUCACGGACACGGGCUUCCUCUACGGCAUCCGCGUCAUGUGCAGCCUCAGCAGGGAGACUUGGCUGCGGAAGGUGGCGCUGUACCGGAGCUUCGGGGUCUCCGAGGGCCAGCUGCUCAGGGCGUUCAAGACGCAGCCCACGAUGCUGCUCGUUGCUGACGAGAGCGUGAAGAAGAAGCUCAGGUUCUUCCUGGACGAGCUCAAGUUUGAACUAAGCGACGUAAUGCGGCAGCCAUUGGCUUUGUCGUUGAGCUUGGAGAAGAACAUCAUGCCAAGGUGUGCCGUGCUGAGCUUGCUGAUGAGGGAGGGCAAAAUUGAGCCAAAAACAAAGUUUCUUCCGGCAUUGCUAUGCAAUUCCAAGGUCUUCGCGGAGAGGUUUGUGUUGAAACAUGCUACCGAUUUGCCAAAUGUUGUUAAGGCAUUUGAGGGUAAGAUUAAGUUUGAAGGAUUCGGAGGUCGGGGAUUGAAAUGUUUACUCCCCACCGAAUGACCGAAGCCAAGAGUUCAGUCCUCUGGACUGAAAUCACUCUUCUUGGUUAGGCGGUUAGGCCAUACAAUGCCCAUUGUUAAGGUCAAGGCAUCUUGUAAUUCUAACCUUGUCAUUCAUGGUGAGACAAAACUCCAUUUUUGGGGCCAUGUUUACUGCUAUGGACCUAUGGUUUAUUUUCAGUAUCUUCUACAACUGCAAUGUAGCAGUUUUGACCUCGCGUUUUGUGGUAUAUAUGCGUCCAGAAACAUGGACAUUGUGAUGUUCAGAGGUACUCAAUCUAACAUUUGUGACUUGUCACUUAA